UCUGGUGGGUUAGCCAGUGGGAGUUUUUCUCACACGAAGAUUGUUAUACGAGAAAGUAAAUCCGUGUAUACCUCGCUCGUAUUCUACAUUGUAGAGGAGAUAGGGGAAACCACAACUCUCAGUAGUGCAUCUGGGAAACCAUAAAAUAUAGUGUGUUCUCCAGUUCACUCAUACGAGACACAAUGGUAAGCCUGAAGGAAGUCUGCCGAAGAAGGAGGAUGCUGAUUCGUCGACUGGUUUUUGCCAUCGCAACCGCUCUGCUGAUUCUAGUCCAACCGGUUAAAUGUCAAAUCAUCAACCGAACACCGCACUUCAUACCAGGAUCCGGAGACAUGUCUCGCUUCAGUCUACCGGAAAACACUCCAGUUGGAAGUGUUGUCUAUCAGCUGAGAGGCAUUGACCCUGAGGGAAGUAAGCUGCGGUACAGUAUAUCCGGACCAGUUUUCAGCGUCGAUCGUGACAGCGGCGUGGUGCGAUUACGGCAAUCUCUUGAUCGAGAGCUGCAGGAUAGCGUGGAAGUAAUCAUCAGCAUAACAGACGAAGGCUUGCUUGGCACCGAACCGAACACCAUCUCGCUCAGGCGUGAAAUUCCUAUACGCGACUACAACGACAAUGCGCCAACGUUCAUCGGACGACCGUACAGCGCAUCAAUGAGCGAGUCCACCAAACCGGGAAGCACAGUCAAGAUUAGUCCGGAUAUAAUUGUCACCGAUCUUGACGAGGGUAUGAAUGCAGAUGUGAAACUUUCUUGCUAUCUGGAUCCCACGAAAGAAAACGACGACAUCUGCGAGGUAUUUGAAGUAAAGACUGAGAAGAUUGCGCAGGGAAAGUAUACUGCGUCGAUUGUAUUGAAAAAGACCUUAGAUUUUGAAACCAGGCCGUCCUAUAUCCUGACCAUUCAGGCCAAGGAUGGAGCUGUUUCAAAUCCCCUCAAAUCGUAUGCCACCGUAGCCAUCACAAUUAUAGACGUUCAGGAUCAACCGCCUGUAUUUAUCAACGCACCCUACUCAGCGUCAAUUCCUGAAAAUACCCCUGAAGGGACGGUAGUUCUUACGAUAAACGCUACGGAUGGAGACACUGGAAGUCCCCGGCCCAUCGUUCUAACACUCGAAAACGAAUCAAUGGGACAUUUCAGGCUGAGAUUUGUUGGAGGUCCUCGUACAGGAAUAGCAGAACUGGUAACAACUGAACGCUUACUGGAUCGUGAAAAUCCAAAAAUCACCAAAAAUGGAGGAGCUUACACAUUUUCUGUCCGUGCCACCGAACUGAUCAACAACGAAGUUCCUGGAGAUUUUACCAGCUCCCAAAUCACAAUCGUCCUGACGGACGUCGAUGAUCAUAUUCCCGUGUUCAAUAAGCCUUCAUUCGAAGUCUCCAUUCCGGAAAAUCUCGAACACUACACACCGCUACCGGAUCUAGUCAUCAUUGUUACCGAUAUGGAUCUUGGAGUAAACAGCCGAUACUCACUGUCCCUGAGGAACAUCCACAACUCGGAAGGAGUGUUCACCGUUUCUCCAACGCAUGGUGAAGGAAGAACUCCCAUUGUGGUGAAAGUUGUAGAUCCAUCAAAGCUAGACUAUGAUGUAGCCGAUGGCGACAUGAGGACCUUCAUAUUUGACAUUGUUGCAUCAGUCAAUGGAGAGGAAAAGUCCAAGACUACGGUGACCGUGCACUUACAGGAUGCCAAUGAUAACUCCCCAAUUUUUCCUCAUACCAAUUACAAGCUCCAGGUCAAAGAAAACUCUCCAAAAGGCUACAAGAUAGCAGAUAUCGUUGCGAUGGAUCAUGACACCGGCAUGUUUGGUAAACUCACGUAUUCGGUGAAAGGUUUCGGAGCGGAGUAUUUCUAUACUGACCCGGAAAAGGGUGGAGUGUAUGUGAAUCUCAAUUUGGACUAUGAAGAGCAAAAAAGUUACAGUCUGGCGCUGGUCGCAACUGAUGGCGGUAAACGGGAAACCAAUGCAAAUCUAUUGAUUGACAUUAUGGAUGUCAACGAUAAUUAUCCAGCUUUCGAGUGGUUAGAGUACACUCGAACUAUUCGGGAAGGUGCAACUGAUUUUGAACCGCAAUUCUUCGUCCACGCUACGGAUCUUGAUGGUCCUCAACAGGGUGGCGGAAAAGUCACUUAUUCAAUUGAAUCCGAAAAUAGCAUUUCCGGACACGUAUUCACGGUAGACCCGAACAGUGGGGAGAUCAAGAUAACCCGUCCAGUUAACUCAAUGGACACCAAACGAGGACAGUACGAGUUGAUAUUGGUCGCAACGGAUCAUGGAGUACCUCCUUUGAAGAAUAACACUAGGGUGCUGGUCAGAGUUGGAAUCUCCGGAAAUCAACGACCGAUAUUCAAGGGCUUGUUCAUGAAUGGAAAGAACGAUAUCCCCGGACCACCAAGCUACCGAGUUAGUAUUCCGGAAAAUGCUCCUGCAGGCUAUUACGUAACCAAUGUCAGUGCAACGGAUCCAGAUGGUAUUGAUGACCUUCUGAUGUACAAAAUCGUUGGAGCAAGUGACAACUUUGAGAUAAAUGACCAAACCGGUCAAAUCAAAGUUGCACGAGACGCUCGGCUCGAUCGUGAUUCCAACCCUGAAAGCUACUCCAUCGUCGUCAACGCGGUUGACGCUGGCUUUCCGAUCCCAGAAACGGCAACCACCACCGUGUACGUUAAAAUCCAAGACGUCAACGACAAGCCACCAAAGUUUACUAAGCAAUCCUACACUGCCUAUGUUUCUGAACGUAGCAACAUCGAUACCGAAGUGCUGCAAGUGACCGCAACGGAUACGGAUGUCAAUGCCCGAAUUCUAUACUCGAUCGUCGAUCCAAUCACCGCAAAAACAAAGGCAGGAAUUCCGCUCCAUACGACUUCAUCGUACGACUUUAAGACCGCCUUCCGGAUUAGCGAAGACGAAGGAGUGAUCUACGUGAACAGUACACUGGAUUAUAACUACGCAGCCGUCAUAACGCUAACGGUUCGAGCGGUGGACGUCAACGCCGAAUACAAUGUUGACAUGCAGCAGGAUCGAGCUGAGGUGACCCUCUUUAUCCAAUCGUUUAAGGACAUCAACCCCGUUUUCAAAAACAAAGGCUGGAAUACGGUUAGACCUACGAUUGAGGUUAAAGUCAAAGAAGAAUCCCCGAUCGGAAGCGUUGUGAUGAAACUCGAAGCAAACGAUCCAGUGGCAGAUAUUCCGAUCGUACAUUUUGAAAUGGUUAUGGCUGACGUUGAUGGGUACUUUAGUUUGAACGAGAAAACAGGUGACAUCAUUCUGAACAAGCGAUUGGACUACGAGACGGCUAAUAAGACUCAUAUUAAUUUCGUCGUUCGAGCUAUGACGAGUAAUCGAAAGAGACAGUCGCUUGCUUACAUUAAUAUGACGAUUGAAAACGUCAAUGACAAUGCACCGGUAUUUGAGAAGGAAACUUAUCGGGUAACGGUCAUGGAGUCGGAUCAUUAUCCCCAUCAAGUUAUCACCGUCAAGGCAACGGAUGGAGACGCUGUCUUAACGGAAAAGGAUAAACUGUUGGGAUACAAUUCCGUUUGGUACAGUUUGGCCGGAUCCCAUGCCAAUUUGUUCAUGAUUGAUAAUAAAUCCGGUGUAGUAAGUAUAGCGAAAGGUCAAUCAUUGGAUCGGGAGAAGCAAUCCGUACUAAAACUGGUGAUCACUGCGGAGGAUUCACCCGGGAAGGCCAGCGAUGCCAAGCGGGGGUACAGCGAAGUGAUACUCGAUGUUCUGGAUGUGAACGAUAAUGCGCCUGUUUUCGGACAAAAGUCAUACACAGCGGUCAUACCGGAGAAUGUGCUGGCGGAUACGUUCGUGAUUGCAAUUACGGCCAACGAUCCGGAUGAAGGACCUGGUGGGGAAGUGCGGUAUGAUUUUCUCAAUGAAGGAGAGGCAAAUGGUCUCCUUCAUAUCAACCCAAAAACGGGUGAAAUCAAAUCCAAAGUCCUCCUCACCGGCAAAGGACGUUCGGAUCCGUACGAGAUGGUCGUCCGUGCCCAGGACAACGGGAGUCAACUGCCGAAGCAGCGUUCCCUGUACAGUGACGUCACCUUCACGCUCUACAUCGGUGACAUUAGUGCGAACGAUGGGAUUCCCUUCUUCAUUGCACCGAAAGUGGGACAAAUAGCCAACGUGACCGAGAAUGCAACGAUCGGUGCACCAGUAUUUCAGGUUGUCGCUAGCGAUCCAGAUAGCCCUGCUACACCCAGUGGGACAUUGCGGUACCGCAUUCAGUCUGAUAUUGAGGAUGCUAAAUCGUUCAGAAUCGACUCCAAAACGGGACUUAUUACUACGACCAAAUCACUGGACCGCGAGACAAAGUCAAUGUACAACAUAAUUAUUGAGGUGAGCGAUAUGGGUGAACCUCCACAAGCGUCAACAAUUGUCCUGCGGAUCAACGUUCUGGAUAUCGACGAUCAUAAGCCUAGAUUCCUAAGAGAUGUCGAUGCCCAGCCCAUUGAGAUGUUGGUUCUUGAAGAACAACCAGCAGGGUCGAUCGUGGGUAAUCUUUCAGCAGUUGACGAAGAUAUAGGUGAUAAUGGUGCCAUAGACUAUGAAUUCAUCGACGGAAACGAACAGGGACUGUUUAAAAUUUCCCGAACUGAGACAAAUGCUGCCAUUAUAACAACUACCGGGCCGCUAGAUCGCGAAAGUCUAGAACACGUUAGUCUCACUAUAAAAUGCUUCAAGUAUAAGAUUGAUCCUGUCCCCACUGUAAUGAGUUAUAACAAGUACGAUAAAUCAGAGCAGAGGAUUAUCAUUCACAUAGCAGAUAUUGAUGAUCAUUCUCCUCAGUUCGAAAAGGAAAAUCAAACGAUUGGUAUUCGCCACAACGUACCCAUCGAUACGACCAUAGUGACAUGCAAGGCUCGUGACAUGGAUCCAAAUGCAGCACCAAUUUUCUACAGCCUUGAAGACGUGGCAUUCGUUCCACAAUUCUACAGAAGAGAUAAUUAUACUGAAAACUAUAUGAAAGUGUUCAAUCUUAACAACGCUACUGGGGAGAUCCGUACCACUCGAUCAAUGGCGGAUUACGUGGAUGGUUUCUUCCAAAUGACCGUCAGUGCCAACAAUUCUCACAACAUAGAACGCAUCACUGACAACCAACUCAGAAUCUUCGUUAUUCGUGACAAAUCCCUGCUACGAUUCGUCUUCUCCAAACCUCCGUCGGAUAUCAACGUGAUUAUCGGAAACUUUACUUCCGAUCUGCAAUCAAGACUAGCCGAGUACAACUUGGAACUGUCGAUAUUCGAUGCUCAAGUGCUUGCCAAGCCAGAUCAUAGUCUAGAUUUCACUUCAACAAGUUCCUGCUUCCAACUGUCCCGCCACGGAUCGGCCCUUCCUCCGAUCGAGAUGAUGAAAAUCAUGGACAGCCAGGAGAUGAAAGAUGUUCUCAUAGAAACCUACCUGAAGUAUUCGGUUCAUAAAAUCGAUUCCUGCUCGGUUUCUCGAAAACCGCAGACGGCGGCACUGAUAGCCUCUUCCGGAACGUGGCUGGUGAUUCUUGCCGGGUUGAUCGGAUUCGCUGCCUUUUCUUCCACCAUGACUGCGUGCUGCCUAGCUAGCAGGUACAAAAAACAGAUUCGAUCAACGGCAACGUCGCAGCGCAUUUCAGGAUCGGAAAUUUACGGUAGUGCGACCCCCGUCCUAUACACCGAACCCAUCUAUGGUGCCUUAUAGUAAACCUCAGAAAAAGCAUAAACAACCUAUAGUCUGUACAAAACAAGUCAAACACAAGUCAUGAUAAAACGCAUCGCAGAAUGAAACAUUUACGAAAACAUAGAUUUACGUAUGUCGUCGGUACGUGCGUUCCGUGUGUUCUAAAGCAUGGCCAUCCAACGGAGCAUGAACAGCAACAAAACAAGAAUGCGAUAACAAUUUAGCGCCCAUCAUACGCCCAAUAGCCUCGACGUUGCUGUGCAGUUGAGUUUAGUAUGUUAAGUUUUGACUAGUAAAUUUGGUGGGACAAAAAUUGAAACGUAGUUAGGAGAAAUCCCUAUUUAUUAUUAUUGUUUUAACGUAGGCAACCAUGAUCGUGUCAACGAACGAGUGCGA